AUGACCAGUUUCGUACACAAUAUCGGUCCGGGUAAAAUGGUGCCUGGUAAACGUUUUCCCAUACGACCACAUCCACCGCCCUGUGAUAAUUCAAAUGAUAGUGGUUUUGGUUUCGAUCAACAUCUUGAAGUACAACAACAACAACAGCAGCAGCAACAACAUAGCCACCAGCAUCAACAGCAGCAGCAACAGCAAACCAGUAGCCCCAAUUCAAGUACAAAUUUAUCAUCUUCCUCCAGUUCCCUGCCUCAUCAUCAUCACCAUCAUCAACAGAGUUCAUCGUUACAAAAUAGUCCCACAUCACUGAAUACAACAACAUCGUCCUCAUCAGGCACAAGCCUACAACAUUCACCACAACAACAUUUGAUCAGAGCUAUACCUGCCUCAAGUCUAUUUCAAUUGUAA